AUGUCGGAUUUGAAGCGUACUGAUGAUGGCGCCGAAGAGCGGGAGGGUAGAAGAGCUGCACAGCAACACUCCCAGCAAAUAGUUGGAUAUUUUCAGGUCGUCAUGACAAGCCGAAGUCUUCUGAAGAACACAUCGGCCGAGGAGGAGGAGGAGGCUGAAUCAUUUUGCGGCUGGCUCUAG